AGGGGUUUCCAGCGUUUGACUCCUGAAGUUCAUGUCACACAGUGCUUGUGCGCCCCGUUCCCCCGUUUCCGGCCCUAAACCCCCCUCUCCCGCUACCCUUUGCCUUGGGGUGUUAGAAGAACUUGGCGUGAGCAGGAAUUAACUUUGGGGCUGGUUGGACAACGAUAGCGUCUGUUUACUUCAGGCCUAUGUGCCUCUUCUGCGCAGCACGAGCUAGUGGAGCAUGUUUACUACGAAGUAAAAGAGCUACUCCCAAGUAUAGGCGUACAGGAGACUCAAAGGGGCUUACAAUCUCUCCGCCCUCACAACAAACAUCCUGUGAGAUAAUGGCAUUACACCCACGCAGAGUUCGAUUGAAACCCUGGCUGGUAGCUCAGGUAGACAGUGGUAUGUACCCAGGCCUUAUAUGGCUUAACAGGGAAGCAAAGCGAUUUCAGAUCCCAUGGAAGCAUGCAACUCGGCACAGCCCUCAGCAUGAAGAAGAGAAUACCAUUUUCAAGGCUUGGGCUGUGGAAACAGGAAAAUACCAAGAAGGAGUUGAUGAUCCUGACCCUGCAAAAUGGAAAGCUCAACUCCGAUGUGCUCUGAACAAAAGCCGAGAAUUUAACCUGAUGUAUGAUGGUACCAAAGAGGUGCCAAUGAAUCCCAUUAAAAUUUAUGAAGUAUGUGAUAUACCACAAUCCCAGGGAGCAAUCAUUAAUCCAGGCUCCACUGGUUCAGCUCCAUGGGACGAGAAAGAUAAUGAUCUUGAUGACGAGGAGGAGGAGGAUUUAAACCAAUCUCAGCAUGUACCCAUACAGGAUACCUUUCCUUUUCUUAAUAUUAAUGAUUCCCCAAUGGCACCAGCCAGUGUGGAAGCCUGUAGUCCUGAAGCUGUUUGGCCGAAGAAUGAGCCUCUGGAUAUGGAGAUGCCACCACCAGCCCUUCAGCAUGACAUAUUUAGCUCUCCUGAGCUCUGGAUUAGCUCUCUUCCAAUGACAGACCUAGAAAUCAAAUUUGAAUAUCGAGGCAAAGAGUUUGGGCAGACGAUGACUGUGAGCAACCCCCAGGGCUGCAGACUUUUCUAUGGAGAGCUGGGUCCUAUGCCUGAUCAAGAAGAACUCUUUGGUCCUAUUAGUUUGGAACAAGUCAAGUUUCCAGGGCCAGAACAGAUAACCAAUGAAAAGCAAAAGCUCUUCACAAGUCGACUGCUUGAUGUCAUGGACCGGGGUCUGAUCUUGGAGGUCAGUGGCCAUGCCAUUUAUGCCAUCAGGCUCUGCCAGUGCAAAGUCUAUUGGUCUGGACCAUGUGCACCUUCUUCUACAACACCAAACGUGAUUGAAAGACAAAAGAAAGUCAAACUCUUCUGUCUGGAAACAUUCCUCAGUGAACUGAUUGCACACCAGAAAGGACAAAUUUCUAAACAGCCACCGUAUGAGAUCUACUUUUGUUUUGGAGAAGAAUGGCCAGAUGGAAAAUCAAGAGAAAGAAAGUUGAUUGUUGUUCAGGUAAUUCCCGUUGUAGCUCGGAUGAUCUAUGAGAUGUUCUCAGGUGAUUUCACCCGUUCCUUUGAUAGCGGCAGUGUGCGGCUUCAGAUCUCUACCCCUGAUAUCAAGGACAACAUUGUUGCUCAGCUGAAACAGCUCUACCGCCUGCUGCAGAAUCAUCAGGAAGGUUGGCCAAUGCAGCCACCAAACAUGCAAAUGCCUCCAACCCUCACAGCACAGUGAUGAUCAGGCUUUGCCUGAACAAGGAACUGCCUAGGUUGGUCAACUGUGUGGAUACUGUGAUCCUGAUCAAGAAUAGCUUUAUUUUAAUUAAUUUUAAACUAUCCUCAAGUGAGUUAAAUAGAAAGAAAAAAUAAUAAUGUAUAUUGUAAUAAGCUUGCAUUAAUGCAGAACCUGCUUUUAUGUAGACAAGAAUUUCUGUGGCAUUUUACCAGUUGUUACUUGGAUGUAAAUAAAUCACAUGACAUUCUUAUAUUGUGCCUUACUUCAAUGUAACAUGGCAAGAUUUUCCUCAUAUGUGAUUAGAUCUCACAUGUUGUUUUUGCACAGGAACCUGGCAUAGGUCUGGGAGGGUGGGAUAUUAAAUCAAAUCAAAUAAACAUUAGAGGCCUUUAAUAGAAACACUAAACCUUCGUUACUUGAAACUAAGUUUAACUAAACUGAUCCCUGUGGCUUGAGGAAAGUAGCCGUGUCUUACAUAAGUUGCAGGUUUCUACUUUAAAGCAAUUUUUUUUCAACUCAGGAUCUGAUGUAUGUAUGAAAUAUUUGAUCAGUGUAAACCAAAUGCUCAAGGUCCAUAAAGUCUUCAAUAAAAUUGCUUUGCUAAAUA